AUGGAAGAUGAACCCACACUCCCGAAGCUUGGUUGGAACCCCAUCACCGAGUCGUUUUCCAACAAUCGAAGAAGAAAACGCGUCCUAAGCAGCCCCCCUCCCGUUUCCAGCGACCCCCCGAUUUUCUCCAGCGAUGAUGACCCUUCCGCAGACAAUUAUACACAACAACGACGGAAAAAGAAAUACCGAGGGCCAUGGUAUCAACAGCAACUAGCCUCAGACUCUGGGUCUUUGGACCAGAAUGAGAACGAUCAGAAUAUGAAAGGAACGAGAACACGGACGUUUGAAAGACAAUAUGACAGCGGUAUCUUCAUGGGAAGCGAUGGGACAGAUAUUGAUGAGGUUAUGGAGAACUUGCCAACUACGAGAGCGCCAGCCUUAUCUUUGAGACUGUCUCGGUCAGCUCAGACGGACAGACGAAUUCCGUCACCAGAAGAACUGGCGCGGGGUCAAAUCGAUAGAUGUUUGGAAGAGGGAGAAGAGAGCAUUGAUUUAUCGGCUCGAGGCCUCAUGACACUGUCAAAUGCAACUAUCCGACCCCUCGCUACAUUUACACCCGUUCCGCUAGUUAUUCAAGGCGUCUUCUCGCAAAUGGAACAUGAUUUGAAAGUCUUUCUCGCUGCGAAUGCUCUGACAACUCUCCCAGCAGAGCUAUUCAAACUUGAAGGCUUGAAAGUCCUAAGUUUACGCGCCAAUUUAUUCCGUGAACUUCCGCCUGCGAUUGGAAACCUCCAUAAUCUCAAAGAGCUGAACAUUUCCCAAAAUCGCCUCCGCUACCUUCCGUUUGAAAUUUUGGAGUUAUUCUCAGUCGACAGUCACCUAGAGAGCCUUAUGCUGCAUCCAAAUCCCUUCUACGAGGCGAAAUUCCCUACUACCGAUGAAGAAAUGCAGGAGGUACACUACAAGAUCGGGCUAGGAAGUCAAACGCGUACGCGCCCUCGGCGUGGUGCUAUCUGCUGUGUACCACCAGAUCUAGGCCGACGAUCAUGGCAUCCACGAUGGAAGCUUACAUGUAAAGCUCGAACCGAAGUUCGAUAUUUAGACACCAACGGAUCUCUUGUAAAAGGGCCAGUAUUUCCUGACCUAACUGCUCGUGGAUCAAGCUCUGUACACAGGUCAUUACCGGUUGCGGAUGCAAGCGAUAUGUGCACCCCUCCUCCACCUCGAGGUAAUCACUUAUCUCGCGCACCAUCUCUACUCGAAGUGUCCCUGAACGCCUGUUCCCAAAGCUCGCAACUGCCGAAGCUACCCUCUUACCUCCCUGAAGAUGGUCCAGCAUACCUGCCCGGACUCUUAGCCAGCGUAGCAGCGAAGAAGGAAGCAGGAGGCAGCAAGUGUACAAUCUGCAAGCGCAACUUCAUAGUUGCUAGAACCGAGUGGAUUGAGUGGUGGGAGAUCGCGAAGAUCUUGGAUCACAAGACCCUCGCUGGGCUGGUAAGCGCGGCCAGUCCUUUAAGGCAGAGAGAGAAUGAGAGGGAUGUUCUGGAGAGUAUGGUCCCGUUGAUUAGAAGAGGAUGUAGUUGGUUAUGUGUGCCAGCCAAAGCGGAGGCAGUUGAAAGGACUGAGGAGCGGCCUGAUGUGAUGGAUGUGGAUAACUGA